ACUUUCACAGAAAUAAAGAUUUUCAUUGACAUUCCAAACCGUUCUGGUUUUUAAAAACAUUUUAGCGCUCCUAUUGAAAAACCCGUUGUAUCUACAUCACCCUUUUGCUCCCUUUAGCUGAGUAACGAGUGCCUCGACUACAGCGUUCUUCCUUGCUUUUAUGUAUGGUGUGGGGCGUUUAUGGAAAUAAAAUGGAAAUGGAGUAUACCAAAUUAGAUAAACUAUUAACUGGAAAACGGGGCUUAUCAAAUACAGAAAUAUAAUUAGGCAGCAGUAUCUCCUCAGUUGAGUGGUGAAAUGGACGCCAUAUUGAUGGUGGAAAAAUCGGAAAUCCCGGGAAUUGCUAUACAAUGUGCUUUGCUGCCCAAUGGACAUUUGCAAAGAACUUUUGAAUUUGACAUAACAAACAUUGGACUCCGACGUCGUCUGGUGCGCCGUUUCUAUGGAAUACUAAUCCUGCAGGUGGUAUUUACCUUGCCCUGUCUGGAGUUGUUGUUAAAAUAUCCUUUGCCUUACAAUUAUAUAAUGUCCAUAUCCAUGGUUUUAACUAUGAUCUUGUAUACGUGCUUCUACGUUUGGCGGGAGUGGAGGAGAUUCGGCCCUUUCAACUACUUGGUACUUUUCUUAACCACAUGCAUCGGGUCCUUUAAUAGGAGUGUAUAUCUACUUAAUUUGGUGCAAUCACACUGGGUCUAUGUGUAUCCCGUCAUCCUAAUCGUAGAGAUCUUAGCCCUAAUGCUAUACUCCGCCCAGGAGCGCUUUCGGUUCACCCAGAUUCGAGGGAUUUCCAUAAUCUGUCUCAUCUUUGGGUUAUUUCUGCUGCUGGCCUACCGACUGAACCGCGUGGUCGAGGUCUUCUCGGGAAUGGCCUGCACUGUGGAGGCGUGGUACGUCAUAUACGACACCCACUACAUGCUGUGCGGUGGACAUGGCUACAAUAUUGGACACCAGGAGUAUGUUUUUGCAGCCUGCAACAUUCACUGCGAUUUGCCCAAGGGGGUUUGGCAUUUGAUGAAGUUGCUCUUCUUCAACCAAAUCAUGGAUGCCAUACGCAUGUUCCGCGAUUGCUUCAGGACCGAAGUUUGCUAAGGGAACCCCCCAGUUGGCU